CAAGAAUUUGAUAAAUUGAUUUGAACUUCUUCAUUCAUUAGUGCAGAAUGACCCAGAAGGGAUUCAGGAUUUUAUAAUAAAUGAUGUUGAAAAUUCAAAGAGCUCCAGUAUCCUUCACAGAUUAGCCUUCUGAGUGCUAAAUACCUCAAAUGAGGACUUUUAUCAGCUAAUUUUUCAACUUCUAAAGUUGUUGAUUACUCCUCCUCUGUAUUCUGCCAAGAGUAACAUAUGUGCGAAGAAUCUUUUUAAUAUCUGAGUUCGCUGCUUCCUGAACUAUUAUAUCACCUAUCUAAAAUUUUCAGGCGAUGGCCAACAGCUUGACUCAAGGGCUGUGAAAAUGAUCCACUAUAUUACAGACCUGACUGCCCAUUUUCUGAAACAUAUGAACUGAGAGCCCUUAAGAGACUGAUUGAUUCAAGAUGAUCUUCUUAAGAAAAUUUUUGAAAAUUUUGAUUCAAGCCCUUUAUGGGUCAAGAAUACUAUGGUCCAAGUCAUUAAAUAUGGCGUUCAGUGAGGAGCAGAGAACUUUGAUGAUUACUUGAUCUCAACUGGGGUAUUUGAGCAUCUAAUCUCAGUCGUGUCUGCUUCCAAUGGCAAGAAAAACAUGCUAGUUUGAACUAUAUGGUCAGUUUUCAGAGAUAUUUCAAAGCGGGAAAACCCAUCUUUAGCUAUUAAAAUCUGAGAAAACUAUCAUGGAAUGGUUAAUACUAUAGUAUUAUGAGACAUAAUGUGCCCUCUAAUGCAGAUUGCCAGCAAAUGUACAGCUGCUGGUACAUCUGUUCCUCAUAUUUGAACUGAGAGCUCUGAAGACUUCCAAGAUCCUCCAGAGUCUGAGAGAGAAGACUCAUUAAACUUCGAAGAUGAGUCAAUAAUGACUUGAGAAAGAAGGAAUGCCAGCAAAAGGAAAAGAAUUAACUCAUAUUCCAAAGGUCAACGUGAGAAGAAAGAAAGCUUUGAAAGGAACAGGAAAAGGUUCAAAUCCAUGGCAUUUGAGGAAGAGAAUUUGCUUCCCAAGGAAAAGAAGAAGGCAAAGUCAUUCAAACUUGGUCUGACUAAAUGUGACAAGAAAAAUCAGAAUGCCCAUAGAGAAGAAGAAAAGGAUUUUAAGAUGAGAAGCAAUGAAACUCCUAACAGCAGUAAUUCUGAUAGCCUUCAACUAGACGCAAAAAUGGAAGAGAAGGAAACUUCUAGCUAAGGCAUGAAUCCUUUCUCUCAUUCUUAUCUCGUAAUAUACAUAAUUGGCUCCUACAGAAGAUAGUAUUCAUUGUAGGUUCUUGGAUAUUCAAAAGCACUUGUUUC